CAGAAUGCCCGACGGGCGGGAGGGAAAGGUAGUACGCCAUAAAAGUAUCGGAGCUUCUGAUAAGUGCGCAGUGCAAUUAGUGAUUCUACUGGAUUUCCACUGUGGAAAACAUGUCGGAAAUUCAACAGUUCUACACCGGGAAAAGUAUUUUUAUCACCGGUGGGACUGGGUUCAUCGGUAAAGUACUGUUGGAAAAAUUAUUACGAAGCUGCCGGGGAAUCGAAAGGAUCUUCAUCCUCGUGCGUUCCAAGAAGGGAAAAGAUGCGCACGAACGUGUCCAGGCUAUGCUUUCAGAUCCGGUAUUCGACGUGGUGAAAAAGGAAUACCCCGAAUUCGCGGGGAAGCUCGUGGGAUUAGUCGGGGACGUCGGAGCGAAUCGACUCGGAUUGUCGUCUAGCGAUCGUGCGCGUAUCGUCGACGAGGUAUCGGUUAUUUUUCACGUCGCUGCCACCGUGCGAUUCGACGAACGGUUGGAUGUGGCGAUCGCCGUGAACGUGAACAGUGUCAAGUACAUCAUAGACAUCGCCAAGGAAUGCAAAAAUCUCGAGGUCGCGGUCUACGUAUCCACGGCAUUCAGCAACUGCGUCGGAGAGAAGAUCUACGAGGAAACUUACUCGCCGCCCAUGUACUACAACGACAUCAACGAUUUCAUUAAAAUUUCCGAAAGAUCCCACUGGUCGGAAGCUACCAGAGAUGAAAUUUCUCACAAGAUCCUGGAAAAGUGGCCGAACACCUACUCCUUCACCAAAGCCAUAGCGGAAGGCACGGUGGACGAAUAUGCCAAGGAUCUGCCGAUAGCCGUCUUCCGUCCCUCGAUUGUCCAAACUACCGUUAAGGAACCAUUCCCCGGAUGGAUCGAAAACAUGAUGGGUCUUAGCGGAGCAAUCGCUGGAGUAGGAAUAGGCGUCGUUCAUACAAUGCAAAUGGACGAUUCUAAAAAAGUCGAUAUUGUCCCGGCUGACAUGACAUGCAAUGCUCUGAUUGCUUGCGCUUGGCAAACGGCGGUCACCAAAAGACGACACUCGGAAAGAAUUCCCGUCUACAACUACGUAUCUGGAACCGAGAGUCCGAUCACCUGGAGGAAAUUCCUCGAUUUGUGUUUCCUACUUGGACUUCAGGUUCCCACCAUCAAGGCUGUAUAUUACAGCAGUUUCAUACCUGUAAAAUCAAAACUCGUGUUCCUUGUAUUAGAAUUCUUUUUUCACCUUCUACCGGCCUUACUGCUCGACGCUGUCCUUGUAAUACUCGGAAAGAAGCCUUUCAUUCACAAACUAUUCUUGAAGGGCGCAAACGUCAGUCGAACUCUGACAUUUUUUACCACGCGCGAUUGGACUUUCCGUAAUCAGAGGGUUCAGAAUCUCUGGGAGCGAUUGAAUCACGUGGACAAGGAAAUAUUUCCAUUCAGUCUCUCCAACUUUGAUUGGACCGAAUAUAUGAAGAUCUGUUUGAUGGGGACUCGAAGACACCUGCUGCACGAACCCGACGCUACCAUAGAUCGAGCGAAAAAGCGUCAAUACGUACGAGGUUUGGAAGGGGGUCAGCAGUCAAUAAGCUCCGGGAGAUCCGAAUAUCCUUUACAUUACAUAGCUGAACGUCACGUGAACCGGGUCAUCAUGUCCGAGAUCCAAGAGUUUUAUAGAGGAAAAAAUAUUUUCAUCACCGGCGCAACCGGAUUUAUCGGCAAGUUAUUGUUAGAAAAACUGCUCCGAAGUUGCCAAGGUAUCGGAGAUAUAUACCUUUUGGUGCGUCAAAAAAAAGAAAAGAGUCCGCAGGAGCGAGUAGCGGUUUUACUUGCGGAUUCGGUGUUCGAUACCGUGAGAAGCAAAUGCCCGAAUUUCGGUGAGAAGGUUAUUGGUUUACCCGGAGAUAUCGGAAUCAAGGGACUCGGCUUGUCAUCCGAAGACCGCGCGCGGAUUAUCGACAACGUCUCAGUUAUAUUUCACGUGGCUGCAACCGUGCGAUUCGACGAACCGUUAGAACGGGCGGUUCCGCUAAAUGUGAACAGCGUCAAGGAUAUCGUGGAUAUCGCUAAAGAAUGCAAGAAUCUUAAGGUCGGUGUCUACGUAUCAACGGCAUUCUCCAACUGCGUUCAAGACAAGAUUAACGAGCACGUCUGCCAGCCACCGAUGAGCUACGAGGACAUCACCAAAUUUCUCGAAAUGUCCAAGAGAUCCAACUGGUCGACGGAUACUCAAGUGAUCACGGAAAAAAUUCUGGGAAAAUGGCCCAACACGUACUCCUACACGAAAGCAGUAGCGGAAGGUACCAUAGACGAAUACGCGAGGGACUUGCCGUUUGCCAUUUACAGACCAUCAAUCGUGCUCUCCACCGCCAAGGAACCAGUUUCCGGAUGGCUUCAAGGUAUGACGAGCCUCAGCGCAGCGAUGGCUGGAGUGGGUGCCGGUCUUAUACAUACGAUUCACGUGGAUAGCGAAAAAAACGUUGAUAUCGUCCCAGCCGACAUGGUAUGCAAUAGUCUGAUCGCCUGCGCGUGGGAAACUGCGAACACCGCGAGGAGAAAAGACGAGAGCAUCCCUGUUUACAAUUACGUAAACGGACCAGAAAAUCCAAUUACUUGGGGCGAGUUAAUCAACACCGCGCGAUUAUGCGAACGUAAGACUCCGUCGAACCGAGCAAUUUAUUGUACAUUCUUGGUUUGCAUAAAAUCGUACCCAGUCUUCGCCAUUUAUGAAUUUUUAUUCCACUUGCUACCUGCCGUACUGCUCGAUACCUUGUGCACAUUAAUCGGCAAAAAGCCUAUGUUUUACAAACUUCACAAUAAGGUUGCGAAAACAAUUCGAGACAUCUCAUUCUUCACUAACCACGGAUGGAUCUUUGAAAAUACCAGAGUCGUGAAUCUUUGGGAACGAUUGAACGACCUGGACAAGGACACGUUUCAUUUCAGCUUGUCGAACAUCGAUUGGUUGGAAUACGGUGCCGUUCACGUGUUGGGCGUUCGAAGGCACCUCUUGGACGAUCCCGACGACACGAUUAGUCAGGCGAGAAGACGCAACACGUUACUCUACAUCGCGCACACCGUAGUACGGCUCCUACUCGUCACGUUCUUCCUUUGGAUCAUUUGGAAGUUCGCUAGCGCGAUACUCACAGUUGACGUCGGUACGAAGAGCCACGUAGUUUGAAGAUCGGUCAAAGUGUGCAGCGGAGUUACGAACUCGGGAAUCGGACAUCUGUGCGACUUUUCAAAAUUGACGAGACGAAUCGAUUCAUUUGUUCCACGCCCAUCGAAAAUUUCGUAGUUUUUAUGUCAAGUGAAAAUGCCGCAUGUAAGAUUGACAGGAUAUUCCAAUAAAACUGGAUUCGAGGAUUAUCAUUCAUCUGACAAUAAAAAUUAAUCAUGGCGCGGAGAGCUAGUGAUGUCCUCUCUGCAAAAUUGAUUAACCAGUAAAUAUUCAAAUUACUUUUACGAAGCAUCAAUUGUUUCGAAAACAAUUGAUGAAAAAGUCAUGUAGGGCAUCAACUGUAUUCACUAUCUCGUUCAAUAAAUAGAAAGGCUUGGUUGCAAUGAA